AUGCUCACUGGAGAGCUCCCUACGACCAUCGGAGAUCUCACCAAUCUUCAGGGUUUAUACCUGUCGGGGAACCAAUUCUCCGGUGAAAUUCCAAUUCAGCUUGCCAAGUUGGGCGAUUUAGAAUACUUGGACCUGUCAAGCAAUGAAUUGACAGGGAAAUUGCCUCCGUGGAUCGGAAACGUGACAAGCCUCUCCGAUCUAAACCUCUCCUACAACGGCUUUCAUUCGUCAAUCCCACAUGAAUUCAAGAACUUGUCAAGGCUGAAUGUCCUUGAUCUCCAUUCAAAUGAGCUCUCAGGACCAAUAAACACGAUUUUUGACAAAAAAAUUGACGACUUAUUUGGGAAUUUUCUAACCAUCGACCUCUCCAACAAUAAAUUUUCGGGUCCCAUAGAUGAAAAUAUCGGUGAGAAACCAGCCAUGGCCCCUAUUACAUCUUUGAUUUUAUCGAACAACCCGUUAGGAGGAAUGAUACCGAGGUCACUUGGGAACUUAAGUAGGUUGCAGGUAAGCGUUCCUUUUGUGUAA